GAUUGGAAACUUAUUCACAGUUUCAAUGAUCAAUAGACAAUCAAUAGUAAAGUUAUAUUGAAAGUGAUGAUUAUGAUGAUACUCAUGAUGGUUAAGACUGAAUAGUGUGUGUGUGAGAGAGAGACAGAGGAAGAUAAUUAGACAGCAAGAUAAUUAAUUCAUUUUUCAGUUGAAUCAAUUAUAAUUCAUCUCUUAGUGUUCAAACAUCAUGGUGCUUGAAAAUUACUGUGGUUACAAUGCUUGGGAUUUGAAAAAAUUAUGGAACUCAGAAUCACUCAUAUUCCCACCAUGUUUGAGUGACACUGGAUUACUUUGGAUUGCCUCUGGUUUCCUAUGGAUUUCAAGUCCAUUUGCUAUUCAUUCAGUUGUUUCAAGUUCAAGGAAAAAAUUACCAUGGACAUUGUUGAUUUUUGCUAAAUUAAUUAUUGGAUUAAUUUUGAUUGGGUCAAGUGCUUACGAGUUAAUCACUUCAUUGAUUCAAUUGAAAAGUGACCAUAACAUUUACCCAACUGAUUAUUAUUCACCAUUGAUUAAACUACUCACUUAUGUUCUUGCAAUUAGUUUAUUGCUCCUUUACCGGCGUAAAGGAGCUCAUACAUCAGGAUUAUUGUUCCUAUUUUGGCUUCUCAUGACAAUCUAUUCAUCAAUUAAUUACUCAUCAGUAAUUAGCUCAUUAAAAGAUCCGUUACAACAUAGUUGGUCAUUUGAUAGAAGUGACAUUUUUAUCAAAUCGAUACAAACUUCCGGGUCAAUCUGUUUACUAUUCUUGUAUUGCUUUGCAGAUAUAAGAAGGGAAAAAUUCACAGAGGAUUGUCAGAAUGAAUGUCCAUAUGCAAGUUCAUCGUUUAUUAGCCGAUUACUUUUCUUUUGGUACGAUUCAAUGGCCUACAAGGGCUUCCGUAAAUCAUUAACACAAUCAGAUAUGUGGAAUCUAAUGAAUGUAAACAAAACUACAACAAUUAAACAAUAUUUUGAUCCUCAUCUUAAAUCAUCAAUGGGAUCAGUUAAUAGUUCAGGUGAUACUCCAUCAACAUCAUCACAAUCAUCUCGAUCAAUUGAAAUUAGUAUUCUUGGUGUUCUAAUUAAAGCCUUUUGGCCCAUGUUACUUUUUUGUGCUUUUUGUAAACUAAUUUCAAGUUUACUUGUUUUCGCAAGUCCACAAUUAAUGGACGCACUAUUGACCUUCAUCAUCUCCGAUCAACCGGUCUGGAAAGGUUACAUUAUCGCUCUGGGAAUGUUUUCCGCUGCACUCUUACAAUCGAUUCUUGAUUCACAAUAUGAAUUCUGGAUAAACACAACAUCAAUGAGAAUGAGAUCAGCGUUGAUUGCGACAAUUUAUCGAAAGAGUUUACGAUUAUCUAGUUUAGGUCGACGGGAUUUUACCACCGGUGAAAUCGUUAAUUUGAUGGCCGUUGAUACCCAACGUGUCGUUGAUUAUGUUAAUAUUGUCAACAUUAUUUGGUCAUCGCCGAUUCAAUUGGCUUUGACUAUUUAUCUUUUAUGGCAACAAAUCGGAGUCUCAUCGAUCGCUGGAUUAGCGAUUAUGAUUGUUCUAGUACCUUUCAAUGGAUUUGUCACCACGAGAUUUAAGAAUUGCCAGAUUAGAUUGAUGAAGGAGAAAGAUGCUCGCUCGAAAUUGGUCUCUGAAAUUCUGAGCGGCAUGAAAGUGCUCAAAUUAUAUGCAUGGGAAGGCGCUUUCGGUGAUAUUGUCGCUUCAAUCCGAAAGAAUGAAAUUGAUGCGCUAAAAUCUCAAGCGAUUUGGACAGCGGGGAUCACAUUUGCUUUCGCAUGUGCACCUUUCUUGAUAACGGUCACUAGUUUUGCUUGUUAUGUUCUGAUUGACCGAAGUCACAUUCUCGACGCUAACAAAGCUUUUGUUUCAAUCUCAUUGAUCAAUAUUCUUGGUGGACCUUUGGCGUUUUUACCGAUCGUUGUAACUUAUGGAGCAAAUUUUUUCAUUUCAAUUCGUCGUUUAAACAAAUAUCUUUCUGGUGAUGAACUUGACACUGAGGCAAUACUUCAUGAACACGAUCCGGCAACACCGAUAACUGUACGAAAUGCUACAUUUUCAUGGUCACCGGAAGAGGAACCAACACUGAAAAAUGUUGACAUGGAAGUGAAUAAACAAAAGCUGGUCGCUAUCGUGGGAACUGUUGGCUCAGGAAAAUCGUCAAUGCUAUCAGCACUUUUAGGCGAUUUGUACAAGAAACAAGGUUAUGUUAAUGUUUACGGAAAAAUCGCCUAUGUACCUCAAUCAGCGUGGAUACAAAAUGCUACCGUUCGUAAUAAUAUCGUAUUUGGUGCACCAUUUGUAAAAGAUAAGUAUGAUAAAGUGAUCGACGCUUGUGCUUUGGUUCCCGAUCUUCAGAUACUCACGGGCGGUGAUGCAACUGAAAUCGGUGAGAAAGGAAUCAACGUUUCAGGAGGUCAAAAACAACGAAUCAGUAUCGCAAGAGCAGUUUACUCAAAUUCGGACAUUUAUCUACUCGACGAUCCUUUAUCAGCGGUCGAUGCUCAUGUAGCUAAACACUUAUUCGAUAAAGUUAUUGGACCUAAAGGAUUACUGAAAAAUAAAACUCGAAUCUUGGUAACACAUCGGAUAACCUUUUUACCUCAAGUAGAUAAAAUAAUCGUCAUGAAGGAUGGAAAAAUUUACGAGUCUGGAACUUAUGCUGAACUGAUGGCGAAAAAGGGAGAAUUCAAUAACUUUAUAGUCCAAUAUUUAGCUGAACAAAAAGAUGAAUUAGAACCCGAAGAUCAGGAAUUAAUUCAAGCUCUUGGUCCAGAGAUUGAGAAGAAAUUGUCAAUUGCUCGAUCAGAAUCAAGCCGAUCAGAUGAAGGUUCAGUUCGACGGAGAAAAGGAGACAAUCGAAAGACAUCAACACUCAUCUCUGGUGGGGGUAAACCUGAUGGAGGUCAAGAAGGUCAAGAAGAUAAAUUUAAACUCGUUGAAACAGAAACAGCCGAAACUGGUUCAGUUAAAUUGAAAAUUUAUCUCAACUAUUUUGCCGCAAUCGGUGUGACCGCUUGUAUUGCGACCUGUAUACUUUUAAGUGCCUCAAGUGGCUUUAAUUUAGGUACUAAUCUUUGGUUGAGCGCUUGGUCAGAUGAUUCAUUGGAUUUCAAGACUUAUAAUGACAGUUCACUUCGUAAUAAGCGACUCGGUGUUUAUGCAGCUUUGGGUAUUUGCGAAUCAAUUUUCAAUUUGCUUAGUACAAUUGUCAUGAACCUCGCGAUUGUUAAUGGUGCCCGUUGGAUUCACGAGAAAAUGUUAACCCGACUUAUUCGAGCUCCAAUGUCCUUCUAUGAUACAACACCUUUAGGUCGGAUUCUUAAUCGUUUCACUAAAGAUAUUGACACAGCCGAUACAACAAUUAGUUUCAAUUUGCGUCUUCUUACAUCUCAAUUUUUCCGUGCGAUCGUGUCCAUUGUGGUCAUUUGUCUAGAGACAACAUAUCUAAUCAUUGUCAUCGUGGUUCUUGGUAUUGUUUACGUUCUUGUCCAGAAAUUCUAUAUUGCCAGUAGUCGACAGUUGAGACGAAUUGAAGCUGUUAGCCGUUCACCGAUCUAUUCACAUUUCUCUGAGACUGUUAAUGGAUCAACCUCAAUUCGAGCUUAUGGGGCAGCCGAAAGGUUCACGAACGAUAUGUACCAACGAGUUGAUAUUAACCAUAGUUCAUUUUUCCCAAAUCUUGGUGCUAAUCGUUGGUUAGCAGUUCGACUUGAAUUAUUGGGUAAUAUUAUUGUCACCAUUACUGCCGUUUUUGCCGUUGUCACAACAGGAGGUUCAAGUCCAGGUACAACUGGUUUAUCGAUCAGUUAUGCAUUACAAAUAACGGCCAUUUUGAACAUGUUGGUUCGAGCUGUUUCUGAUGUUGAAACAAACAUUGUCUCCGUUGAAAGAUGCUUGGAAUAUACUAGAGUACCAGUUGAGGCUCCAUGGAUAAUACCAUCACAUCGACCCAAAGAAAAUUGGCCUAAAAAAGGUCAAAUAGCAUUUAAAAGCUAUUCGACUCGAUAUCGACCUGGUCUUGAUUUAGUUUUAAAAGAUAUUGUUUGUACCAUUAAUCCAAAUGAAAAGGUAGGAAUCGUUGGCAGAACUGGAGCAGGUAAAUCGUCGUUAACAUUGGCCCUUUUCCGUUUAAUCGAACCAUCGAGUGGAACCAUUACCAUUGACGAAGAGGAUAUAACUCAAUUGGGUUUACAUGAUCUUCGCUCUCGAUUAACAGUAAUACCUCAAGAUCCAGUUCUAUUUUCGGGUUCUUUCAGACGAAACUUUGAUCCAUUCGAUAUGUACACCGACCGUGAGAUAUGGCGAGCCCUCGAACAGGCUAAUCUUAAAAGUUUUGUUGACACUUUAGAAUCAGGUUUAGAACAUGAAAUAUCCGAAGGAGGUGAAAAUCUCUCGGUUGGUCAACGACAAUUGGUCUGUUUAGUUCGAGCAUUAUUACGAAAGACAAAAGUUCUAAUUUUAGAUGAGGCAACUGCCGCUGUUGACGUUGAAACCGAUGAACUGAUUCAAGCAACAAUUCGAAGAGAAUUUAAAAAUUGUACAAUUGUAACGAUCGCUCAUCGAUUGAACACAAUCAUGGAUUACGAUAAAAUCAUAGUAAUGGACAAAGGUCAGAUAAUCGAAUACGAUUCACCAAAAAAUCUUCUCGAAAAUGAUAAAUCAGUAUUCUAUUCAAUGGCAAAAGACGCCAAACUUGUUUAAUCUAUCACAAUUAAAUCAAUACUCGACAAUAAUCAACAAUUAAUCACUACCAUUAGUAUAUAAUUAACUUAAUUAAUUAAAAGUGAAAAGAGACAAAAACAUUAAAAAAAAAAGAAUUUCUAAAAAGUUAUUUUUGUUUAUUGAACUUCGAACAAUAAAAACAACAUAAUAUAAACGA